AUGCUUACAUACAGGGAGUUUACGGCCUUAGACCUUCUUGACAUGAGCUUGCCAAACUUGGAUGAGCACACGUACUCUUUUACCCCUGACUUCUACUUCAGGUAUCUGCACGGGCACGCCAAGUACUGCCUCUCUGUUUUCUCGGAUAGCGCGAACAUUGGGUACAUUAUUGGCAACUCCGGUGUUUACAAGGACACGAAAAUGCUGUACUCGCAUGUGACAGCGCUGAGCAUAGCGCAGGAGUUCCGAAGGCAUGGGAUUGGGAGAAGGCUUUUGAAGCUCUACGAGAUGAACGCAAAGCGGGAUAGGUCCGAGUUCAUAGACCUGUUUGUAAAAGAGUCCAACAAAGUUGCAAUUGACUUCUAUAUGAAGUGCGGUUAUAUAAUUCACGAGCGCAUAAUAGAUUACUACAGUAACCCGACAGAGGAUGCAUUUGACAUGCGGCAGUACACACCAGAGCACUAA